CGAGUAUAUUUCGGAAUACACCAUCCGUGUGACUGAAAUAAUCGUGAUUGUUCGCGAACCAGCAAACUUAUCGAAAACAACAUGGCGCUGAGUACGGGGAGCUUGACGGACUUGGAGAAGGAUAUUUUCAAAAAAAUUAGCAAGAAUGAGAUUGCCGAGCUUAAAUCAUUGCUAGUUGCAAACAAAAAUAAGAUUGACUUUGUGGAUGAGAAUGGUAUGACGCCACUUCAGCAUGCUUGCUAUAAGGGAAACAAGGAAAUUGUUCAGAUGCUUCUAGAUCAGGGGGCUGAUGUGAAUUCUUGUCAGCAUGAACAUGCUUACACAGCUUUACAUUUUGCUGCGCUCAGUGGAAAUGCAGACCUUUGUCAUCUACUGAUGUCCCAUGGAGCUCGUUUAAGUGUCACCAAUAGUGUGGGACGAACUCCAGCUCAAAUGGCUGCGUUCGUUGGCAACCACAACUGUGUGGCUACGAUAAACAAUUUCAUACCAAAGGCUGAUAUUGAUCAAUACAUAAUGCCACAAGGGCUUCAAAUGGAACCUAUGCUACCUCCGCAUUUGGCUGAUGCUUUUCACAAAUUCAUUAUGCAAGUCAACGUUCAUCCCGUUAGAGUGGCGCUAAAUCUACAAAGAUGUCCUGGGCUCUUGAAAAAUUUAGAUAAGAUACAAAAAGUCCUAGAAGUAAUGCGACAUAAGCAAAUGAGGCAAGGAAUGGAAACCAAUGAAGUGAUGGCAUUCAAGUAUCAUUAUCUCAGUUGCGUAACAGCAGAAGUAGCUAAAUGCCAAAAGCGUCAAGAAGCUAUGAAAGCUGAGAAAUCCAACAAAGAGAGGAACAGUGAAGACAGUGAAGAAAAAAAAUCUGACCCUGUUGAGCUGCUUGUCAGAAAAUUUUUAAAGAGUAGUAAAAAUGAUGGCAAUUCAGAGUAUCAAGAAGCCUUUCUCAGAGAAUCCGUUAGAGAAUUUCCUUUCAGAGAGAGUACAAUCUUUCGUCAGAUGGUAGCUACUCUAGCAGGCACAGACCCGCCGUCUGCUGUAUCAGUUAUAUCUGCUGCAAUUAACGGGCAGCGAGGUUUUUCCGAUAAUAUUCAAGUAUGUGUUACUUGCGGAGAAGAAAAAGCCACGAAAAAAUGUAGUAAGUGUAAAGCGGUACAAUAUUGCGAUCGGGAAUGUCAAAGACUACACUGGUUCAUGCACAAAAAAUCCUGCGCAAGACUAGGGCAAAUUUCCAGCGUGAAAUUAACCGACAUUGAUAAAGCUCAGGUGGCUAAUGCGGUCAGUUCGAGGUUGCAAAAUUUAGCUGUUAAUUAAUUAACGUGAUGAAUACAACCUUCGUUAUUUGCAAUAAAAUUUCAGAUGCUCUGUAUUUAUUUAAAUUGAACAACCAAAUAAUACAAAAUAAACAAAUAAGUAAAAUAACUACAAGACCAAUUUAUUCGAUUGUAAAUAAAUAUUUGCAUAGCUAUGUCAAUGACAUAUGUAUUAUACUAAUUAGUGUGACUAACUCGGAAGAAAUUGUUGUAAUAUAUACUAUAAUUAUAUGUUAUAUGCGAUUCAACCUCACGUUUUAUUGUCACUUAAACAUAAUCAGAUGGUCGGAUAGGUUUCAUUUUUUAAUCUUCAUUUGUCUGUUGGGUUCUCGUGAGACUUGAGGUGGGAGCGAUGCGUGAUAGAUAGCGCUCAAUUGAUAGAAUUUAGCUGGACACUCUCAUACAGCCAGUAAGCAAGAUCCGAGAGAUGGCAUACUGUGCUAGAUGUACUCACGAGGGACCUUAGGUAGCUUUUUCCCUACGAUUUUGAUCUAGUUCAUAUAUGUUGGAGUGCAUCAAAACUAAGACACCUAUAUUAUUUUAUCUGCUAAUAAACUGUUUGGAGGGGUGAAAACGACCCUUGAAGAUGGGUACCCAACAAGGUGAUUUCUUCAUAUGCUUGAGGGAUUUGAAUAGAACCAACGCUGAAAUGUUUUGUUAAUGAAUAGAAACAUUUUAAUGUUGGUUUCAUUCAUUUGGGAGUCAUUUUCACCCUUUUAAACGGUUUAUUAGCAGAUGAAAAAAUAUAUUUGUCUCCCAGUUUUUGAUGCACUAAAACAUGUA